AUGCACUACAAUAUUCGCAAGCCCGCGCAGGAAGGGAUCGCGCCAGCUACAUGGCAACAAAUCAACGGCGCUCCAGCAUUAGAGGUGCCCACGUACAAGAUUCUCAUCAUUUCGAAGGCAUUCCCUUGGUCAUUCAUCGUCCUUGCGCCUGCUGGGUCUGUAGUCACAUGCGGUGCGAUCUUUGAGGAAUUGCAUAAACAGCUACAAAGGUACAUCGAAGACGCGGAGUGGGCAAUUGUGGCUGUUGAUAAGACACGGAAGGAAGUAAUCGAGAAAGCUGCAAAGUGGAGGCAAGAGAAGGACAAGGACAACCGACUGAAGAGAAUUGAUUGGCUGGGGGAUACGCCAAUGUUUGAGGGGCUGGACAAGGACAAGGAAUUUGAGAGAAAGAGAUAUCUACCUGGAAGUGCGAGUGUCAGUGCGGAGACAUGGGUAGCGAGAUUUGGGAAACGACGAUGGUAAAAUAUGUCAUGUAUCUAUAUUAUUAUCCAGGAGUUUCAUGAUACUUUUUCUUG